AUGAUGUUGCUUAGCGUACUUCUCUUUGGCAUCGGACUUGCAGAUGGCAUCUCCGAGGACCCAGGCCUGACCCGAAGCGUAGAACUGCACAAUCGGCAAAUCAACGACACGAUAGUUCCUAUAUGGCGAGACUGCCCCUUUAGUCCCUGGGAUGAACUUUACAUAACCGACUUCCUGCAAGAGCACUUUAACGACUUAUCAACGACUGAUCACUGCUGGAUCAUCAAGGGUGUAGCAGGACUACACGAACUACUGCAAAGAAAUAUCUCAGCUAACCCCCUGCUCAACGUCACGAUACCAACCUGUAUGCAACUCAAUGUUACGUCGAAAGGAAACGCCUUCUCUAUUGACUUCUCGGAUGAUUCUUACAAAGUUAACGGGGUCGACGAGGAUGACUUUGUGUUAUUGACCUAUGUGCAUCUUGUAUGCAUGACUGCGGCGUUUUUUUUCUGUUAUCCCGUCAUUCUGGUACUGGCUUCAGCGCCCAGCUUAUGCAUUAUGAUCGAUCGCGCACUUCAGGAGCCCACGAAACGAAAGUUGGAACGAUGGCAGACAAUCUUCACGGUCAUCCUUUUCGCUCCCCUGGCCAUCGCGGGACUAGUCGCCGGCAUAAUCGCAAUGGGAACCUCUGACCACGCAAGAACAGAGCACGGAAUCAUCGGUUACAUUACCAUCGGCCUUGCCGCAAUAUCAGUUCCCCUCUACCUCUACCAAAAGAGACUCAGCUCCCGCCCAGAUCUCACCUUCUACAUGUACCGCCGCCUCAAAUUCUUCAACGCCCUCGACUUCCUCGUCUGCCAAGCCAUCCUGCUCAUCUCGGGUUUCGCCCUUCCCGACGGCAUCGACGACUUCGGCAUCAUGACGAUUUGCGGAACGAAUACGCUCUCUUCGUCGCUCCUAUUCUCUCUGGGCAUGAUUGUUUCGUUUGUGUGGAACUGCGCCAUGGCUACGAUGACGGUGCAGUGGCUUCUCGAGCGGAGGGUUCGGGGUGGGAGUCUUCGGGAUAGGGCCCCGCCGUGGAUGCUCAAGAUUCUGCGGAAACGGUCGGAUUCAAAUAUGACUUUCCAGACGUUUCAAGAAUCUCGUUGA